AUGCUGGAACACCACUUAGACUCGAUAAAUAUUUUCUUGCGAAUGUUCAAGAACAGGACAGCUUUCGACUUCAGCAACACAACUUCUACGCCUUGGGUACAGCGUCAGUCUGAAGAUGUUUUUGAGAAGCUAAUAUUGGCAUUCGCAUAUGGAAUUCUCAUCAUGAUAUCCUUUUUCGGUAACAGUAUUGUGUGUUAUGUGAUUCUAAGGAACAAGCGGAUGUAUACGGUGACAAACUUUUUCAUCGCUAAUAUGGCUAUGUCCGAUCUAUUACUGACCCUUUUCAACGUCCCAUUUAACAUAGCAAAGCACCUUCUUGACAACUGGCCUUUUGGUGAUGUACUUUGUCACUUUGUGAAUUUUUCCCUUAUGGUUUCAGUGUACGUUUCGACCUUCACCUUGACUGCUAUUGCCCUCGACCGACAGAACGUGUUACUAAAACCUCUCCAGCCACGCAUGACCAAAAAGAUGGGUCUGGUGGUACUCGUGAUCAUCUGGCUGAUAGCUAUCUUCUUUUCCUUGCCUUAUGGUAUUUUCAACAAGGUGCAAAGUACCAGUAUGGUUGUCACGAGAGUAGAUAGGUGCAGCCCCCACUUUCCAGAACCACAGGAACUUUUUGCGAAGUAUCUGACACUUAUCACGGUUGUAUUGCAGUAUAUAAUCCCACUGAGUAUUAUAGCUGUGGCGUACGGUAGAAUUGUGAUGCGUCUGUGGAAACGAGUACAACUUGGAGCAGUAACACGGACACAGCAAAUGUCACAAGCGAGGGCAAAACGCAAGAGUAUCAAACUGCUGGUGACCGUAGUAGUGGUGUUUGCAUUGUGUUGGAUGCCUUUAAAUUUGUAUCACAUUUUGACAAAGUUCCACCCGGACAUUCGAACGUUUAAAUACAAUAGUACAACAUUCUUCGUGUUCCAUUGGAUUGCUAUCAGCAGCACGUGCUAUAACCCUUUUGUGUACUGCUGGCUCAACGAGAGUUUCCGAGCGGAAGUCAAGGCCUGCUUCAGUUGCUGCAAGAGAUCGCGACGAGUGCAUCCGGGCAUUGACGUAGAUGGUAUGCUCAUCCGCCAUGAUGCAUUCCGACGAUCAAAGACUAUGACGAGUGUGAUUCGGUCGAGUACUUUCAGUUCCAUUCGGAUUACUACCAACACUAGUGUACACAGAGACUCCUAUCCGUUCUGUGUUCGGGACCAAACACCAUUGGUCAGUUCUCAGAAGUUUGUCUCCACUGAAUUUUCAAAUGUUAUAUGUGAAGACACUUCUACUGGUUAA